AUGGCCAUUUACUGCAUCCACAGUGUUCUAUGCCCGCUUAGAGGUUCCCAACAUUCCCUGAGCACCAGAUUUACCCCACCACCAGGAGAAGUGCCCCUCAGUGUGACCACAGUGAAAGUGAGGAGGACCCUCCAGGGGAUCAACCCCGACCAAGCUGCUGGUCCUGACAACAUCCCUGGGUGGUUGCUGAGGGACUGUGCACACCAGCUCUCUGAGACUGCCACAAUCAUCCCCAUCCCCACAAGCUCCACAGUGACAAGCCUGAAUGACUAUCGGCCGGUAGCUCUCAACCUGAUCGCCUUGAAGUGCUUCGAGAGACUGGUCAUGACCCACGUUAAGGACUCCAUCACUGUGAACUCACAACAAUAUGCCUGCCACCCUGGUUCACAAACUCUCUGCACUUGGACUGAGGAGGUGGAACACUUGGAGAGUUGGUGCAGAGACAACAACCUCUGCAUCAAUGUGAAGAAGACCAAGGAGAUGAACAGCGGUGGAAGUGGUCUCCAGCUUCAGGUACCUGGGCUUCUUAUAAUGUGUGGAAAUCUUCUUGUAAUAAUCUCCAUCAUUUACUUCAAACAGCUCCACACUCCUACAAACUACCUCAUCCUCUCUCUGGCUGUGGCUGACCUGCUUGUUGGGGUUGUAGUUUUGCCUUUUAGCACAAUUCUGGUUGUAACUUCAUGUUGGUAUCUGAAAGAUUUACUCUACAGAUAUUACGCAGUGUGUCAGCCUCUGAGCUACAGAACUAAAAUGAAUGUCCGUGCUAUUGUUGUCAUGAUCCUGUUGAGCUGGACUGGUUCUGCACACUUUGGAAUUGGCAUCACAAUACAGGGAUUGAAUGAAGGGCAAUCAAUUAGGUGUGUUUUAUUUCAACAAACAAGAACAGCAAUUAUUGGAAUUUUUUUUGCUUUUUACCUCCCAGCUAUUAUAAUGUUCUCCAUCUAUGUAAAGAUUUUCACUGUGGCACAGAGACAGGCACGCAGCAUCCAGAACACAACCUGUAAGAGCAAAAAGUCUGGAGCAGCUGUCAGUAAGAGUGAGAGAAAGGCCACCAAGACUCUGGCUGUUGUUAUAGGAGUAUUCCUCAUCUGUUGGACUCCUUUUCACCUUUGUAUGACUUUUUACCAUUUCAGUAAUUACCCAAUACCAGUUCCUUUGAUUGAAACAUUGAAAUGGCUUGGAUGGUCAAACUCAAUGCUCAAUCCAUUGGUCUAUGGUUUCUUUUACCGCUGGUUUCGAUCAUCUUUCAGAAUGAUAAUUUCUGGGAAAAUAUUUCAAGAUGAUUUUACUAAUUCUAAGCUCUUUUGA